CAGCGCGCUCCCAGCCCCGCCGACCACAUCUGGCUGCUACCCGCCCUUGUUUCCGCUGCAUCCAGACUUCCUCCAGUGGUGGCUGAAGGCUGUGCAUCUGGGACUUUAAGUAUACAAAGGGAUUGCCAGGACCCGCGAGCACCGGCGGCGGCGGCGGCGGCGGGGGUUGGGACUCGGGACCCCAUCAUGAGCUCCUGAGCCUGGCAAAGCCGAGGCAACAGACUAGGGCUCCCUCGAAACGCGGUGCGGACAGGCACCAGCUAGUCCCGGACGCCGGUACGCACCGAGCCAGCUACCCCAGGGUGACGCUCGGGGUCCCGGGAGCACCGCAAUGGAGGCACAAGGAGCAUGGGGAGCCCUCGCCAGCGCUCUGCGGGCGUUCUGCGUCCUGAGCUGCCUUCUGGGUCGCGCCAUCGCCGCACCGUCGCCCAUCAUCAAGUUCCCUGGCGAUGUCACCCCCAAAACGGACAAAGAGUUGGCAGUGCAAUACCUGAACACCUUCUAUGGCUGCCCCAAGGAGAACUGCAACCUGUUUGUGCUUAAGGAUACCCUCAAGAAGAUGCAGAAGUUCUUUGGGUUGCCUCAGACAGGUGACCUCGACCAGAACACCAUCGAGACCAUGAGGAAGCCACGCUGUGGCAACCCAGAUGUGGCCAACUAUAACUUCUUUCCCCGCAAGCCCAAGUGGGACAAGAACCAGAUCACAUACAGAAUCAUUGGUUACACUCCCGACCUGGAUCCUGAGACAGUGGAUGAUGCCUUCGCUCGGGCCUUACAAGUGUGGAGCGAUGUGACUCCACUACGCUUUUCUCGCAUCCAUGAUGGGGAAGCUGACAUCAUGAUCAACUUUGGCCGCUGGGAACACGGAGACGGAUACCCCUUUGAUGGCAAAGACGGGCUCCUGGCGCAUGCCUUUGCCCCAGGCACUGGUGUUGGAGGAGACUCUCACUUUGAUGAUGAUGAGCUGUGGACCCUGGGGGAAGGGCAAGUGGUCCGGGUGAAGUACGGGAAUGCCGAUGGGGAGUACUGCAAGUUCCCCUUCCUGUUCAGUGGCCGAGAAUACAACAGCUGCACUGACACUGGCCGCAGUGACGGCUUCCUCUGGUGCUCCACCACCUAUGACUUCGAGAAGGAUGGCAAGUACGGCUUCUGCCCCCAUGAAGCCCUGUUCACCAUGGGUGGCAAUGCUGAUGGACAGCCCUGCAAGUUCCCGUUCCGCUUCCAGGGCACCGCCUACAACAGCUGCACCACAGAGGGCCGCACGGACGGGUAUCGCUGGUGUGGCACCACUGAGGACUAUGACCGAGACAAGAAGUAUGGGUUCUGCCCGGAGACCGCCAUGUCCACUGUGGGUGGGAAUUCGGAAGGCGCCCCAUGUGUCUUCCCCUUCACCUUCCUGGGCAACAAGCAUGAGAGCUGCACCAGUGCUGGCCGGAGCGAUGGGAAGAUGUGGUGCGCAACCACCACUAACUAUGAUGAUGACCGGAAGUGGGGUUUCUGCCCUGACCAAGGAUACAGCCUGUUCCUCGUGGCAGCCCAUGAGUUUGGCCAUGCCAUGGGGCUGGAACACUCACAGGACCCUGGGGCCUUGAUGGCACCCAUCUAUACCUACACCAAGAACUUCCGCUUGUCCCAUGAUGAUAUCAAGGGAAUUCAGGAGCUCUAUGGGGCCUCCCCUGAUGCAGACACUGACACUGGCACUGGCCCCACCCCUACACUGGGACCUGUCACUCCUGAGAUUUGCAAACAGGACAUUGUCUUUGAUGGCAUUGCCCAGAUUCGUGGUGAGAUCUUCUUCUUCAAGGACCGGUUUAUUUGGCGGACAGUGACACCACGUGACAAGCCCAUGGGCCCCUUGUUGGUGGCGACAUUCUGGCCUGAGCUCCCAGAAAAGAUAGAUGCUGUGUACGAGGCCCCACAGGAGGAGAAGGCUGUGUUCUUUGCAGGGAAUGAGUACUGGGUCUAUUCUGCCAGCACCCUGGAGCGAGGGUACCCCAAGCCCCUGACCAGCCUGGGGUUGCCCCCUGAUGUCCAGCGCAUAGAUGCGGCCUUUAACUGGAGCAAGAACAAGAAGACAUACAUCUUCGCUGGAGACAAAUUUUGGAGAUACAAUGAGGUUAAGAAGAAAAUGGAUCCUGGCUUCCCCAAGCUCAUUGCAGAUGCCUGGAAUGCCAUCCCUGAUAACCUGGAUGCUGUCGUGGACCUGCAGGGCGGUGGUCACAGCUACUUCUUCAAAGGUGCUUAUUACCUGAAGUUGGAGAACCAAAGUCUGAAGAGUGUGAAGUUUGGAAGCAUCAAAUCGGACUGGUUGGGCUGUUGAGCUUGCCCCACUCCUACAGGCCCUUGGUCUUCAUCACUCUGCACGCCAGGCCCAGAGCACUGGGGAGGGACAUGAAGGAACUUGGCAGCUCUUACCUUCAGCUCUGCAGUUAAUCACCCUCACCUGGUGAUUUAAGAUUUCAGAGAAUGGUUUAUUUUGGUGUCCAAAGACAGGUGCUGAUUGUACCCGUCCCAAGUGCUCCUUCUCUCGUCCAUCCCCUAAGAGAUGCUUGGAUGUUCUCAAUGCAGCCCUUCGUUGGGCUGCCCUGGUGCUCCAUAUUUGAGGUUUUUCUCCUUCCACAACCUUCUAUAGCUCACAGCAUACUUGGAACCAAUAGAGGCUGUCUUAAGAGGGCACUGGUGGCCUAGCAGCCUUGCAUGAGGCAAUGGGAUAGAGGCAUGACCAGGGGACACCAGAGACACCAUGCCUCUUAUGGCUGGCUACCUUAGUGCCUUCCCUACAUUAGCAGUUUGCUUCGUGUGCACUUUGUUCAUUUCUUUCAACCUGUUCAGUUUUCUACUAUAUUCCAUUUCUUGACAGAAGGGCUCAGGUUGUCUGAUGUCACUGCACAAAGCAUUGCAGUCCACUUAGCAAUGGUUUCCUUGUUCAGUCUAUUUAGGAUAUCCUACCCAGUCACUUCCUCCACUGGAUGGAGGAGAACCAAGUCAGCAUGGCUUCCUGCUCAGCCCUCUCUGCCUCUCCCGUCAAUAGUUCCCCAUGGGAAAUGGUAACCAGUAUAAAUAAAGACACCAAUUGAGUGGCA